AUGCCUGCUGCUGCUGCUGACUCUGAACUUAGCUCUGAUCCCCCUCAGAAGCGCUACAUGGGUGUGAGAGUGAAGAUGCCAGUGCGGGAGCUGCUGAGGAAAAUCCGACUUUCCAAAGGCUUGGACCCAGCUCCAGGCAAGGAGGCCUCAGCAGUGAAGAUGGCAGCCAGAGGAUCCUCAGGAAAAACAGCAGAGAAGAGGAGAUCUCACCCUUAUACAGAGAAACAGCUUAGACAGAGCAAGCAGAGCGCUGGGCAAAGCCCCAGAGGCUUGGAGGACCUCGACAUCCUGGUGGAGGUGCUGCAGGAGGAUCUGAACCAGAGCCAGCUCGGGGAGGAGCGCCGGCAGCCCGUGCCAGACGGGUUCUGGCAGGGAUUCACCCGGGAGCUGCAGAGCUGCUGCUGGCAGGGCAGGGCGGCAGCGCAAGGGGGACCAGCAGAGCUUCACCCCCAGCCCUGGGGCAGAGAAUUCCACCCCGUCCUGCGGGGACAGGCACAGCCUUCCCUCCAUGGUCAGCAGGAGAGCACCCAGAGGUCCUGCUCACAUGGGAUGUUCUCCAGGACGGGCGAGGAUGGGGGCAGCUGGUGGGUGCAGGAUGGUCCCUUGGGCUCCCAGGAGGGUUUCAUGAGGGAUUCUCCAUCCCAGGGAUGUCUCCUGAGGGAUUCUCCAUCCCAGGGAUGUCUCCUGAGGAAUUCUUCUACCAUUUCUUUAGGGUGUUUUAACCCCUCCUUUAGGGGUUUUUUUUACCCCUCCUUUCCCUUCUGCUCGUUCCCAACUGAGUUCUCUUCCAGGCUGCUGCACAAGGCUGUUGCCCAGGGAAGGAGGGCUCUGACUUUUGCCCUGGCCCAGAGAUUUGCCUCCCUCAACAAGAUCGACGAGAAGGAUGCAGAGAAAAGGACUGCUUUACAUCUUGCUGCAGAAAAGAACCAGCACCUGAUGGUGAGUGACCUGAUCUCCCUGGGAGCCAACGUCAACGAGCAGGACAGCUCAGGGAAAACUCCCCUCCACCUGUGCGCACAGAACGGCUACCUGAGGGUUCUGCAGGUCCUGAAAAGCUGCAAGAACAACGGGGUGUGUGUGGAGGUGGAUCUGCCUGACCACCAUGCCCAGUUCAAGUGGAAUUUGACUGUUGUGGUCUCUCCACCUGUCCAGAGCUGCGGCCUGCUGGAUGCUCCCGGAGCAAUCCCCGCUCCCCCAGGUGCAGAAAACUCACCUGGACUGGGCUCCUUGUCAUCCUCAGAGCUCCUCGAUGUCCUUCUUGAAGGGAAAUGCUGAGAGCUCUCACCACCUGCACCUGAUGGGCCACCUGCUGCAGGAGAAAAACCAGAGCACAAGCACCAAAAUCUAGAAUAUUUUAUAUUUUAUCUUGAACUGACUGCUGGAAAGAUCUCACCUGGACCCAGAAUUUAAAAGACUGAUAAAUGUGGGAAACCCUCAGUGCAGGUUGUGCAGGAAUUCAGGGUUAGGUGCUCCAGGAAGAAUUGCAUCUUCAUUUUCUCACAAAUUUGUGUUUUUCUGCUCAGGUCUGAUGUCAGUCUGAAGCUCUGAUGAUUUUUCAUGCAGGUGUUUAGACAAAGAAAAAUAUUUUAACCAUCCAGGGUCUAGUCUUGAGGGUUUCAGCCUAAAAUUUAUCUAUACACGCCAAAUUCAACAUUCAGACUGAAAAUCUCAGUGAUUUUAAACACGAGCUCUGGGAAUCCAGAGCCUAAAUAUUAAAAAUAUUUAAUGUUUUCUGCAGUCUGGCCCUGAAUUUGGCCAAGGCUGGAGUGGUCACACUUUAAGGCAGUCUCUCCAAAACAGAGCAUUGUGCUGACCAUGUUUCUUCAACAAAAAUCAAGGUUUUAUUGAUUGCAAUCAGAAUUUUGCACCCAUAGUGGAUUGUAGGUGAAGUCUGGGACAAAGUGUUUCAAAUCAGUUCCUUUCUAACAGAUCUAACAGAGGAUUUUACCUUUAUAAAAUUUAAAUCUAAAACAGCUUUUGAAGAUCAUUUUUUAAAAAAAACAGUUGGGAGAAUAACAAGGAGCUGGAAUUAUUCUGUACUGCCAGAAAACAGAGUUAUUCAGUAGAAUUAUUAUAAACGAGAUAAUUUUUAUUUUUAAUUAUUUCCUCCCAGACUUACUCUCGUUUAAUUUUAACCUCUGGUUGCGAGUUUGCUGGUUUCUAUGAAACUUCCCUGUUUGCUACAUAGGGAGCAAUUCUGCUUUUACAGAACCUAAAAGCAAAACCAAAACUGAUCCAGCAGCUCCUCACGUGUCUCCUGUGGAGGGAAAUGGGAGAUUCCCACGUGAAGCCACUGCAGGAUCCAGUGUUAAGUACUCAGCAUCUUUGGGGAAUGUUUUUAAUGAACCCUUUGCGUUUGUUUCUUGUGAAAAAAAAAACAAAAAAAAAAAAAAGUUAUUUUUGUGUUAUGGGGUUUCCUUAAGUGUUAAGCUCCAAGAGCUACGUUGCACAAGGUGAGUGAGCUUGGAGGAGUGGCAGUGUUGAAGUGAAUUCCAGUGGGGUUUGGGUCAUAUCCUGUGAUUCUGAUGCCCUGAACAGCUAAAGAGUUCUCUUUUGUGUUUUCUUUAGUCUGAGAUAAAAUAAUUCUUAAUCUUUCAGUAUUUCAUUUUAAAAAAUCUAUAUAUUAUAUGUUAUUCUCAUGAGGAGUUGCAUAACUCAUCCACGUCCUUCCACAGCUUUCCCUCAUGUUUGAAUAAUCUAAAAUCUUUUCUUUUUCCUUUUUGUCUCAGGUUUUAUGGAUAUUUUUCCUCUCUGAAUAUUUCUCUCUGUCACCUCACCACUGCCCAUCCUUCUUUCUGUAUUUUAACUUUCACUGAACUUUUUAUUCAUUUGAGGACAAUUAAGGAAGAACUUCUGGGUUAGCUCAGCUUCCAUUUGUGGGAUUGAAGGGUCAGACCCAGCUCUUUAUUUUCAUUACAAACCAACCCAGAAAUCCCACAUCACCAGGGUGAAGCAGAGUGUUGAACAAAGAGAAAAGCAGCCAUAAACAUCUGCAGGGAAAAAAAACCUGAAUUUUCUUACAGUUUAUCUUAAAAAAGCAUAGAAAACUCUCAUUUAAUAAUCCAGCAUUAAUCUUUUAGUCAUGGGAACCACUCAGGUGAAAGGACAGGAGUAUUAAACUGUUUCUAUAGAUAUCAUUUAUUCAAUUUACUCAGAGAUGAACUUGCUUCUGCAGUGUAUUCUACCACAGUUAUCCAUUAAUUGCGUUGUUAAUCGCUUUACAUUGUUUCAUGCUCCUUCCUGUCAAUAAAUACAUU